CUUAGAUCAUCUCAUUUACAGCUUUAUAGAUAUAUAAACACUCAGUCUAUCGACCAGGAGAAGAACACUUCUUUGAAGAUACUAUUCAAGCAUGGAAGUGAAGAGACUCGGUUCUACACUUGUGAGGGCGACCCCAGAGCGAAAAAUGCAAGGCUUGGAAGAGAGAAUUCCAUUGACCAUCUUCGAUCAAGCAGCCUCCAACCUCGUGAUCAAUGUCCUUUUGGCUUUCUCUCCUCCCACUCCUAAUAACGAUUCCAUGAAAUCAGCCUUGGCCAAGGCCUUGGCCAACUUCCCUCUUCUAACAGGCAGACUAUCUGCAGCCGAUCACGAAGACAAACACCCAUGUGUCAUCCUCGCUGCAGAUGCAUGUGUGCCUGUCUUUGAGGCCAACGUAGUCGACUGCAGCGAGCUCGCCGAUCUUCACCUCCAUGAGCCUAGUGCUGAGCUGAGCAAGCUGCAGCCACCAAUGGAGGCAACGAACCAGCAGGUCAUGGCGAUCCAACUGAAUCGACUGGACUGUGGAGGCCUCGUCGUUGCGGUUUCUUCGAAUCAUAAGGUUGCAGAUGGGCAGUCCAUGAGCAGCUUCUUAGUUGCAUGGGGCAAAGUCCUUCGAGGCAAGGAGAUCGAACCCAUGCCACUCCAUGACCGAUCGUUAUUCGCUCCUAGAGAUCCUCCUGUUUGUGAAUUCCCCCAUGAGCGUGUCGAGUUCACCAUGGAGCGAAAUCAUGUGCCUCGAGUUCUCCCAGAGGAUCAGCCGGUUGUCAACAUCGUCGUGCAUUACGCCGAUGAGUUCCUGAAGAAGAUGAGGGAGACGGCGAGCCAAGCGAGCGGAGACGACAGGCUGACCAGAUUCCAGUGUUUAGCGGCGCAUGUGUGGCGGAAACUGACAAUUGCCCGUAGGUUGGAGGAGACGGAGAAGGUGAACAUAAGGAUAGCGGUGAACGGGAGGCCGAGAUUGAUGUUUCCGGAGGAGUUCUUCGGGAACUUGGUGUUGUGUGCAUAUCCAAGUGCUACUGUGAAGGAACUCUUGCAGAAAGAUGGCCUGGGCCACGCGUUAAAAGCAAUCAAGGAUGCGGUGGGACAAAUGGAUCGCCGGUACUUCCAAUCCUUCAUCGACUUCGGCGAGCUGACGAAAGGCGAGAAGCUGAUCCCUGCACCAGAAGUCGAGGGCGACCUUCUUUCGCCAAAUGUGGAGAUUGAUUCCUGGCUCACCUUUCAUUUUCAUCAAAUUGAUAUCGGUGGCGGCAGCGCCAUCUACGCCUUCACUCCCUCUUGGAUUCCCGUUGAAGGCGUGGCGAUCUUCGUUCCCGCCUCCUCGUCCAAGAACAUGGGUGGUGUCAAUGUGCAUCUCUCUUUACUUGCGCACCAAGCAGAGAUCUUCAGAAACAUUGCUCACUCUCUGGAGUGAUCUUAGUUACGCUCCAUGGUCAUAUUUGACAGUGCUGUCAUUCCAAAGUUACAUAAUUCAGAGGUUGAUGAUGGCUGCGGCUAAGAAGUUGGUACAGGCUGUUCAGUGAAGCCCUUUUCCAGUCCUGUUUGUGUGGUCUACGUCUUCAUUUUUUAUGUUAUCUAUAAUCUCUAAUGAUCUGCCCACAUAA